UUGUGACCCAGCGGAAGUGGUUUGAGCGGGGCGGCUGGCCCGGCAGGAACUGGAAGGGGGUCUGCGGAGCUGCCCCGGCGAAUCUUCUUGGGCGCCGGCCGGGCGGAGUUCUUAUUGCAAAAACUGCAGAAGCAAAGAAACAACCAUUUGAUAAGGAGAAAUGGAUGGAGAAGAGAAAACUUACGGUGGGUGUGAAGGCCCUGAUGCUAUGUACGUGAAGUUGAUAUCCUCUGAUGGCCAUGAAUUUAUUGUCAAACGAGAACAUGCACUCACAUCAGGGACAAUAAAAGCUAUGUUGAGCGGCCCAGGACAGUUUGCUGAGAACGAAACAAAUGAAGUAAAUUUCAGAGAGAUUCCCUCCCACGUCCUAUCCAAAGUGUGCAUGUACUUCACCUAUAAGGUUCGCUACACUAACAGCUCCACAGAAAUUCCUGAAUUUCCAAUUGCACCUGAAAUUGCACUGGAACUGCUGAUGGCUGCAAACUUCUUAGAUUGUUAAAUAAAUUAUAAUAAAAAUGUAAACUUUUUUCAGUAUUUAAUACACGUAGUUCAGUUAGUAACUUUUUUCAUAUAGCAUGUUCUGUACAUUUGGUUAAGGACUGUAAUGGUCACUGCAGAGGCCGUUGCCUGCAGUGGUUUGGCAUGCUUGGGUUUGUUUCGCUGCUUACACCAGUAACAGUCUCCUCACCAACUGAAAAAUAAACAUGUCAAUUUGUGGA